AUGAUACCAUGGAUGAGAGAAAAGUUUGCCGAAAGACGUGCCCGUUGGCAACAGUCGCGCAAGCAACCACGCGCUGCCGGCGAUUGUACUUCAAGCUGUAGCUCUGCUUCGUCCAGCUCUGGCCCCCCUUCAAGUGAACCUUCGUCGGGAACGCCACCCGCACCCGGCACCAGCGCAUCACCUGGCCACGGGCGUCUCCACGGCCUCCGAAAUCCGCGCUAUGGACAACGAGUCACAGGGACACACAUAGCACAGCAAUCUCAGCAACCAUCGACAUCAAGUGGUGGUGGGUCGUCGUGGCGAACGCGACCUUCGCCAGACAGAGCGAAUGGUGAAACAAAAGCGGAGCAAGGAGCUGAACAUCAGAUUACGCUACGGAUUAUAAGCCCUCGGGGAGGUAUGGUCAAUGUGGAUGUUAGACGUGUCCUAAAUGGACGCCAAUUGAAAAUGCACGGCCUGGAGAAGUUCGCCAGCAAUGCCUUUACGAUGCCACAUUUUUCAUCGGAUCUUGACAAACUGGCCGACCGCUAUCGGCUGAUACGAUCCCACAACAAACGAAUUUUCCGCGACGACGAUCUGUUACUUAACGUACAUGACGACGAAGAGUUUCUGUUAAUUGCCAAACGUAUUGACAAGCCUCAGGUCGAGGAUAGUACGAAGGGGCCUUCGGUUGCAGAUAUAUUAGCUGCUACACGACACAUUCCUCUGUCGCGAAUUAAUCAGGCAUCGGUGAACUUUAAUCUUGGCAUGGUACAAGCGGAUGAACUUCAGCAAGAUCUCCGGCGUAUAAUUAUAUCACUUUCGAAAGCAUCGGCAUACAUACUAGGAACUGGAACGUGCGCGGAAAAGCUGAUUGCGUUGUUCCAACAACGUCUCAUAAACAGAAAACGCCAUCAAAUUAGUUCAAUUGAAACGCUACUAGAGAUGGGAUUUUCCCUGGAUAAGAUAAAUCAAGCCUUACAAAUUACCAAAAAUGUCUUUCCAGCGGCUCUAGACUGGCUCAUUCAGAACGAUAGUUCAGCAAAGCUUUUUAACUGUGAUAAGCGCGCUUCAUGUGCAUCGACUUCAACUACAACAAACCAAACCCACUUACCAGUGGGUGCGCAGGAAUCUGACAAUAGUAACAGCGGAAAAAACUCGGACACCAGCAACGAAAGUAGAUCCCUAUCGAGAUCAUCCUCCAUCAGAGAUUCUAUCGAUGAGCCUGAAGAACGCGAUGAAGACGCUUUUGAUGGAGACAGCGAAGGUGAAAUAGGGGGUUCUAAAGAAAAGUAUCUUUUCAAGACCAAACGAGAUAACAUCGUGACACUGUUGGAGAUUGUGCGGUUGUAUUCAGAGAAAAGCGUUGUUCCGGCCCCAGAUUUGCUCGCCCCCAUAAUGGAAAUGGGUUUUGAGGAAGAGAGCGUUCGAGAAGCUUUAAUUGCAACACACAACAAUCAGACCGCCGCGUGUGAGUGGUUGCUGGGAAAUCGGGCGAAAAGUGUACAGGGUUUAAACGAUGGGCUGCCGAUGGAGUCCCCCAUUUUACGUGUUCUAAUGGACUCACCACAAGUACAAGUUAGUUUAGGAAAUCCAAAAAUGUUUAUUGCACUGAUCACAAUGUUAGAAAACUCCUCAACAAUGACCAUGUGGCUUAGCGACAACGAUACUUCCUCGGUACUGGGACACAUCCUGCGUACAUACCAUGAGGAGAAACACAUACUUGCUAUCAAUCAAUACAGCAACGCACCGCAAAAUAGCUUCAGCCAACGAUAAAGCACAAUUAUCCACGAUAAUGCACGUGGCCUUGGCCUCUAGCGUCUCGAUAUUGGUGCUUUUAAUGAAAAUUUUAACUUCAGUAGAAAGAACAAGAAAACUGUCAGCUCUUCGCGGAACGCAGUGAGGAUAAACGAAACUAUAGAUGUACCGAUAGUCUUUCGAUAGUAAUGUUACUGGUUAGGGCUUCUACGACUAAAUCCAAGUUCAAAUAUUGUUACUGUGG